CUAGAUCACCUAGUCUCGCGGGUCGCUUCAAUUGACGUGAAUGGAAAGACCUAUCCAAACGCCGGGAGGCGAGCCCGCACCGCCGUGCUCCUCCUGGUUUGGAUGCUCUGCUCUAUCAACAGCCGGUGACAAUGCAGAAAAUCGAAGUUUUUAAGGCCUACCUUCAUUUCCUUGUAUUCGCUACUACACAGUAAAUUUCAGCGUCAAUCAGCGUAAAAGGAUAAAAAAUACAUCAAGUGGUCUAGCCUGAUAAGCCUAGUUUCUUCGGCGGUGGUCCAAAUUAUGGCGCUAUUGCGGAUCGACCCAAACGUUUUAGGUCAAAGAAAGCGGAAAAAGAUGUUGGCAAUAUUGGCUGUAGGGAUGCUAAUAUCAGGACUCCAGUUCGGAUCAGUGCUCCAUCUUUGGCGAUUUCAAAAUGUCAUUUUCCCUGCCUCUCCAAAUUCUGAUACGAUGCUUUACACUGGAAGUAUUGUCACCAGUCUUCCUCAGCCCAGUGAGUCGCCGCGACCAAUUGCGAACAACGCCAAUGACUUAAAUGGAUCCUCUCUUGUAUCGCAGCCACACAAUGCAACAAACGUAGUCCCAAAUGGGACUUCACUUUGCGAGGAAUGUUGGAAGAUUGUACAAAAGGCCCCUCGCGUCAACCUAUCUUUUGCCCCGAUUCCGACGGAUAGUCAUCCCUACAUGGGAGCUCGCGAUGCCAGAGGACAAUGGGGCUAUGUCCAUAACGUCUACAACUUGCAACAGAAUCCGCCACAUCCGCAAGGGUGGUCGUUUACAAAAGUCCUUGAAAAUCGUAGAUACUGCGACGUGCGCGACGACCAUUGGACUGCCUUGCAGCGCAUCCAAUUACCCAAGUUGCCAAGGACUGUUUCCGAGCUAACGCCGGCAUCCGCAACGAAGAUCCUGUGUGCUGUGUAUAGUUCCGAGCCCUUUCACCAUAAACUCCACGCAAUUCGAGAAACUUGGGCUCCCAAGUGUGACGGCUUUUUCGUGGCAUCGAACUUGACAGAUGCAUCGCUAGAUGCCGUCGACAUUCCGCACGAGGGGAUAGAAUCGUACAGAAAUAUGUGGCAAAAGGUACGGUCGCUGCUAUCCUACGCGUACGCAAACUACUACAACGAGUUUGAUUGGUUUCAUAUUGGUGGGGACGAUUUGUGGGUCAUUGUCGACAAUCUCAGGGAGUAUUUGCACAGUGACGAGAUUCGAAUCGCCGCCAACGGUGGGAUUGAAUUCGGAAGCCAUUCUGCCUUUCUAGACAAUGAGACACAAGUUCCGCUUCUUUUAGGAUGCCACUUUGCUCAAGGGGGCAAACUUUCACAGCUGUAUAUAACCGGAGGACCAGGCUAUACACUGAACAAAGCAGCACUGAAACUACUUGUCACAGAGGGAAUGGACUACUUUCAGCACAAAAUUACUUCGACGGAAGACGUACUUGUAUCUCGAAUCUUCCGCACACUAAGUGUGGAUCCCUAUCCGACCCUAGAUCCCGUCGGAGCAGAACGUUAUCAUCACUUUACUCCUGGUCAGCACUUCAACGCAACCAGGAGGAUGUAUCAUUGGUACCACGUCUGGAAACGGCCAUUCCCGAAGAACCCCAUUGGUCCCAACCAUUCCUCAACACGGAGCGUGGCGUUUCACUCGGUUAAUAGUGAAGACAUGCGGCAUUUUCAUGUUCUCACGGAAGGUCUCUGCAAUUCAUAAUAGACCAUGUAAAGUCAAAUAGUGUACACAGAUUUUCUAGAAA